AUGACUUCCAUAAAUGGUGGUCCGAUUUCCGUGGACCUGAGUGCGGGCAAUCGCCAAACCAUGACACCGGAGGCUAUGCCAAGCCAACCCAAUUCCAGACCCUCGACAAUCGGGGCCGACUUUUUCAAGUUCUUCAGCGGCACACAGAAGAAGGUUACUCGAGAUGGUCAACCGGCCAAACGACGUGGUCCCAAACCCGACAGCAAACCCGCCCUUACCAGACGACAGGAAUUGAAUCGCCAGGCUCAGAGAACUCAUCGCGAGCGCAAGGAACAAUAUAUACGGGCGUUGGAAACGGAGGUGUCGCGGUUGCGAGAGGCAUACACACAGGAGAUUUCGGCGGCCAACUUGACGGUGGUUCAACACCGGGAUAUGGUGCAGUCGCUAUCGGACGAGAACACCAUCCUGAAAGACAUCCUCACGGCCCAUGGCAUCAACUACGAACCCGAGCUCGAGCGGCGCAAGGCUGAACGACCCACGAUCGGCUAUCAGUCUAGCCCAUUUGCCAGCAGUAGCACGGGAUCGCAGCCCACCGGCGUUGCUCCUUCCAAUCCCUCGACGAACAACAUGUACACCACACCACCGACCACCGUCUCCGCAAGCUUGAGUCCGAUCACCACGGGGAUCGAGCAGAUUGAUGUGUCGUCGAGCGAGAUGUCACCACCGCAAGGGCCGUAUCAGGCCGCCCCGUGUGACGCCCUCGCGACGCUCGACCAGAUCGCGCCGGUGAGCCGGGCACCGAGGCACCCAUCGGGCAUCUUUGAGGAGCACCCCCAGCUGCAGAUUGACUUUAUCUUGACAUUGGAAUCGCCGUGUCGCGAACAUACCGACUAUCUCUGCCGCCGAUCGAUCACGGAAGCCGAUGACGAGGACAUGCCAUUCUCGGGUCAUGCCUUGAUGGCGACCUGCCCGCCGCCCAGUUACAUCGCCACCACCUCGAAUGAACAGACUUAUCCGCACAAGACCUACGACCUCCCUCACGCCAACCUGUCGACCCUUCUCAACCUCAGUCGGCAGCUCGUGACGGACGGACAGAUCACGCCUAUCAUGGCGCUGCAGUGUUUGAAGAACCACGAGCUCUACCGCAGCCUGACCAAGGACGACGUCAAAGUGAUCAUCGAGACGCUGAACACCAAAGUUCGCUGCUACGGCUUUGGCGCGGUGGUGGAAGACUUCGAACUGAUGGACUGCCUGAGCAGUGUUCUCGGAGCCAAGGUCGAGGGCGCCCUUUCCCAUCCUGGCGAUGAGAUGAUGUAUUCGUGA